UCCCGGCAGCACUCAGCAUCUCUCCAGCAGCAGACUCAAGGACUUGACUGUGCGACCACAUCGACGCGCAACAGAAGGUUCUCUCUCUCACAAUACCGGACCGUACAGCGCACAGGAACAACUUUCAGUCUCAUCAUUACGCAUGGCUCUGGCUUUGCGCAAAAGCGCGACUGUGACACCGUCUUGGAAGAAACUAACGGGAUUCUAAGAAAAAUAAAAGACAGCGACAGCAAGCUUAAAAAUAGACGACUGAAGGAUUUUUCCAAGAGAUUAUUCUCCUUGUGCCAAUAAUGAUCUCCACAUGCAUAACGGGAUAUCCUCCUCUUGCCGUGUAAUUAUACAGCUGUAGGUGAAGAUCCGACACGUUAUCUGACUUCUCGUUUCACAGAGAGAUGGAUCUGUGGGGAGUUUAUCUGUUUCAUCUUAUAACUUUGGCUCUCUUAGAGGUAAUACUGGCCAGCAGAGACUGCUUGGUGGCUGGAGACUCAUGCUCGAGUGAUGAGACUUGCAGUCCACGCCUGCGGACUUUGCGUCAGUGUGUGGCGGGCAAUGGCAGCAUGAAGCUGGGCCCUGGUGCCAGAAGCCAGUGUGCCAACGCGGUGUCCGCCCUUCUGUCCAGCCCCUUACAUGGCUGCCAGUGUAAACGAGGCAUGAAGAAGGAAAAGAACUGCCUGAGCAUCUACUGGAGCCUUCAUCAGUCUAUCAUACAUGGACUCAACCUGGUGGAGAGUUAUCCCUAUGAGACAGUGCAGAGGGAUUACGACUAUGUCCGCUUGGCCUCUAUUACAGCUGACACUGAUGUUGGCAUGACAACUGUGAAUCGCUGCCUGGAUGCAGCCAAGGCUUGCAAUGUGGACGACUUGUGCCAGAAGCUCCGCACAGAAUAUGUCUCAGCUUGUAUCAAACCCACUGCCAAGUCGGGCCUAUGCAACCGACCUAAAUGCAAUAAGGCUCUGCGCAGGUUUUUCGACCGUGUUCCCGCCGAUUACACACACGAGCUGCUCUUCUGCCCCUGUACGGACACAGCGUGCGCAGAGCGUCGGAGGCAGACCAUUGUACCCAGCUGCUCUUAUGAAAGCCAGGAAAAACCCAACUGCAUCACGCAGAUGAGGAUCUGCAAAGCUGACUAUGUCUGCAGGUCUCGUCUGGCACAGUUUCAGUACGACUGCGAACCCUCUGAAAUGUCUGCCAAUGGCUGCAAGCAAGGGAACUAUGGAGCCUGUCUCAUCGCCUACACAGGGCUCAUAGGAAGUACAAUAACUCCCAACUAUGUUGACAACUCCACCUCCAGCGUGGCUCCGUGGUGCUCCUGCUCAGCCAGUGGGAGCCAGAGAGAGGAGUGUGAUCAUUUCCUGGGAUCCUUCACCGACAACAUCUGUCUCCGGAAUGCUCUCAUGACAUUUGGAAGCGAAUCAGACCAGCAGCCAACUCUCAGCCAGCCCAGUAUGCCCAGCCCCAGCCACAGCAGCAGAGAGAACAGGAGCGCUACUUCUCCACCAGACACUGUAGAAACUAUGAGGAGCAUUCUGGAUACAACCUUACCAACACAGGCUUUGGGAAAUGAACUGCUAGUGGGCCAGGCCACCCUGCCAUCCAACAGCCUCCCAAACUCUGCUUCACCCCCCAGCCUAAUGCUUCAAGCUGCCUUCAGUCUUCUGGUGUUGCUCCUUCAUCUGCUAAACAAUGGACACUAAAGACAGCAGGGGAGCAUGCUGACAACCCUCCUAGUACCAAGCAGAUGGGAGGACCUGCGCAGUUCAGAGGAAAAUGGACCGUGUGACGUUACUCCUCCCUCUAAAUAUGUACAGCAGUUAUGUUUUUCUAUUUUUGUGUCUCAGUGGUCCAGUUCCACCUGCCAGGGUUCUCACUCAGAGUGUGGGAGACUUCUGCAGAUCGAAGCCAGUCUGUACAUUUGUACAUUGUCAUUGCAAUCAAGUAAAGCCAAAAUGAAGUCAGAGUACUGCUUUUGUGGACUAAUCCCAGCUCUCAGCUAUCCAACUGUAUCCAUUCUCAAGAAUUAUUAUGAAAUAUAAAGCAGAUAUGUAUGAUACAAAGACAUGAAGUGUGUCAGUUCAUGUGAAGAUUUGUAUUAUCAACUGAAGCUCUUAUCUGAAUUACUGUAAAAGAAAAUGGUUGGAGUAAACCAGUGAACUCUGUGUCUGCUCUGUACUCCACACACAACGUGACUGGAGAGCUGCUAGAGUAUAUGAGGCUUUAAUACCACUCUCUUCAAGUGACUGAAAGAGGACCAUUAUAUCUGAUCAAUACUGGAAUAGUAGAGUGACAAAGAGACAAUAGAGCUAAACUUCCCUCAGACAAAGCAGACAAAGGCCCUGAUUCUAAAAUGUCCAGCAGCAGCACUAUCCACAAGAGAUGUGGCAAACCAGACUACGUGAGAUCAACAGUGACGUAAUAAUUGCCCUCUCAAUCAAACUGUUGCCCUUUGUCAGACUCUCUCACACCAACUUAUUUGUUAUUGCUAAAGCUACAGCAGCUAUUCGUAGAAAACACAAGUCCCUGGUUUUUAUCAGCAGAGACAAGUUCUUGGACUUGAAAGGAAAUAAUCAGAAAAGCAGUAACUCUUUACCUGUAGCUGCCGUACUAUGUGUUUGUGAGCGUAAUACCCUUUUAUUUCUCAUUGUGUAUGUGGACAUUGCUAUACAGCGGCUCUGAGUUUUUGUGCUGGAGAGGGAAGUGAAUGGUUUGACGUAUUGAGUGUCGCCAACACCGGUGCAGAGCCUGUUUGAGAUUAGACAGUUAUGAAUGAUUCAGUAUUUUCUGUUCUGGGAACGUGCCACUGAAUUCUGAACAGGACAAGAGGUGCUGAAAAAUAAAAGUUCUCAGAUCAUUAUGCGUAUGUGUUAGCAUCAUUCCACCUUUUUUUCACAACAAAAGCUUUGAUUGGUUCUGUUGAAGUAAACACUCUGUUACUUCUCCUGAGGAGACUGAAGCAAUUCAAAUAAAUACAUGUUUACCUUAACUAACACUCACACAGCCUCCAGGAGUACUCUGGAGUGCAUUGUUAGAAGCCAGAAAAGAACAGGAUUUACAACAUAAUCCAGCAAAUUGUGACCUCAACCUGAUCUGUCUCACUAAAAUCUCACCAGCUGCUUCUCUUCAAGUUACUUAUACUCUCCUUAUACUGCUUUCCUGGACCAGAAUUAUUAUUUAAGACCCAUUGAAACAAAUGGCAACCCUAAGGACUUUGCAACAUGCUAAUACAAGCAGUGCAUAUGUUAAAAUUUUAAUUUAUCCAUUACAUGACAACUUUAACUAUGCGGAACACUACUUCACAGACCAGCUCAUACAGUCAGGCAGCUGUUAAAGACUACAUAAGUAAAUGUUGGUAUAAAUGGACAGAUGUAGCACCAUGAGUGGGCCAAACCGAUAUCAUAUAUCAUUAGAUGUUGUCAUUAAAUAAAUGGGCCAAUGGAGUGCAUAACCCUGGUAAAACAUUGAGUUUGUUUGGAAUCCAGUAUAAUCUUAAAAGGCUUAAGACGUGAAAAUAGCUACAAUUACACUCAGAGGGAAAAUUGAUGACAUGAAGCAGCUGAUUUCUGCUAACAAUAGCUCAUAAUUUUCCACUGUUUCACUGUUUACAUUUUGCUUUUAGUUCACUGGAAACAGACAAUCAACAGUCACAACAGCCCACAUAAUUAACACCUGAUGAUGUGACACGGGGUGAACUAAUUAUCUUCUUGUUAUUUAAAUGUGAGGUUGAAACAAACUGUGCUGUCACGGAUCAUGACUGCAUGUCAGGCAACAAGAGCAAAAAAUACUGCCAGUGAACAAAUUAAAAAUUGCUCCAAUUGCAAUUUAAUUAAAAACAAAUUUUUAAAAAUACAUUUACCACAAGAGCAAUUAUGAUUUGGGAUUUAGCUUUUUUACUGCAUGCCCUUACAGUUAAAAUCUUUUCAAUACUUUCAUACAUAUUAUGAAAUAUUUGCUUACACCAACCACAAAAGUGCAGGUUUGCUUGACCUCAUUAUUAACUUGAUAUGGAGGCCAAUCCAGUGAAAAUUCAAUUUUACCAAGCUUUUUUUGCUUUUUCUGCUUCAGGAGUAGAAAACAUGAUCCAACAUGAGUAAAGGUGUUUUCAGACAGUGAGCAGUUUCUCUUGAGGCUGCAACGUGGCAAUAUUGGUGUUUUCUACUUUGGAUUGGCAGGAGGGGGGCUGCUGUUUUCCACUAUCCACCAAAUAUAAUCUCAUUAUGCAUCUAAGUCCACAGUGGAUUGUCGCUUAAAAUUGGGGUAGUAGUCAGCAGUAUGACAUGAGGUUAUAGCAAGUAUUGCUAACUAGAAUAAUAAACAUCAAAACUGUGAUUUGAUGAUGAUGCUAUAUGAAAAGUUAAACGAUCUCCAGUUUUCACAAAAAUUCAAUCCACCCUGUGGGGAAGAUGAAUUUUUGUUCCAAUUUUUUUGCCAACUCAUCCAAAGUGGUGGACCAACUCUAGGCCAGACCUAAAUCACCUUUAAACACCACUACAAUGGAUGGUUAUGUAACACACCAAUUAUGGCAGCUUUCCUCAAACUGUUUAUGCCUGAUGGUCAUUUUCAGUGUUUGACCAAUGUCCCUCUAUGGUAAUGUACAGCAGGUUGAGUAUUUGUCAUAUGUUGUCAUGAUUUUCAAGUGUUCUCCAUAACGGAUUAAAUAAUUUUUCAGUUAUUAAACUGAUUAACUUGCA